AUGGCUUCGUUUACUCGACCACCCCAUUACCCAUACUCAUUCAAGGCGCUCAAGGAUGUACCUCGUCGCCUCUUUAACCCUCCUCGGUCUCAAAUCAAAAUCGGCCGUGUACGGAGCAUGUCAUUGACUCCACUCUUCGAGGUUAAGCUCGCGGACGUGCUGGACGGGCAGCAUCUACCUCCGCUCAGCCGAAAAGAUUUUGAGGAGUACCUGCUCUUUGUCGAGCACUCACCCGAAAACUUGUACUUUAUCCAAUGGUAUAGGGACUAUACAAAAGCAUACAAUGCUUGGGCCCAGACUGGAACGCCUUACUCCCCACAGCUUGCUCUCUCAUGGUCCCGAGCCAAGCAGACUUUCCUCGUCAAUGAUGCGCACUUCAAGCUCAACCUUUCCAGAGAGUCUCUUGAAGGCCUUCCCAACUCAUCUCAACAACCCAUUUCAUCCGUCUCUAUGCCACAGGAGUCUUCCUCUCAGGGCCGCCCAACCGGGCUGUCCUAUCCGAAUCCAAUUGCGCUGACCAAAAUCAAAAGUGAGGUCGAGGACAUGCUGCGGGAAUCACUCAAUCGCUUUGUCUGUGGAUCAUGCGGCAACUCUGGUCGUGCAAGGGGCCUGUUCGGAAUUGCCCUGGGGGUUAUCACAUUAGCUGUUGGGCUUGCCCCUGUGCUUGUCAGCAUCCUUCAAGGUCGAGGGGGUCGCGCCCUCCGAGUUGCGGCUAUUCCCAUAUUCUGGCUUGGCGCUUGGAUCACUAUAAUGAGCUUACAUGCUAUUGGCAAUGACUCUAACGCAGUUUCCACAAAAGGCGUUUGUAUACUUAUAUACUUGGCCGGAGACAGUCGCCAACUCUACCCAUACGAGCUUGCGCGCCCAAAGAUCACAGCUCCAAUAUCCAAACCCCAACCAGCAUCAAUAUCUUAUUCCGAAGAUAAACCACGCAAUGAUAUUGAGAAAUCCGGAGGCGCUACAAACCAGGUGCUUCAUGUCGACCUGGAGCAAGGCCACAUGGGCUCAUAUUCAUCUGCUUCGACCCUCGGGAAGCAUUCGCGACAUUAUUCGACGUCAUCGAUGGGGCACGGUGACCACCAGACACGAGGCCAAGCUUGCGAGUUAACGGCGAUGGCGUCACCACAGACUGUAGCAUCCCCCGCGUCAGUAAACAACUUAAUACAACAGCCAAACGCUGCAGCAGGUCUGGCCGCCCCUCAGCGAUGGUCCUUUGAUUUCGAUGCUUUGCCGAGUCCGGGACCCAAUGCAUCGGCUGACCCCAACCAAUGGGGAUCGGCGUUGCCCACUCGUUCGGACAGAAACUUUGGAUCAAUUCCGACAUUUGGCCCACUGACCAAAGUGCUAAGCCCGAUAGUGACUCGCGCACAAUGGGAGAUUGUCGUGAGGAGUGCGAUUAUGGGAGUUGUUGUUGCGGCAAUUCUCGGAGCAAUAUGCCUAGCCAUCCCCGCAAGAAAGUAG